AUGGAAGACGUUGUGCUGAUCAGUGCUUGGUUGAACACCAGCAAAGAUCCAAUCGGGAGUAAUGAGCAGAAGACAGCUAAGUUUUGGAAGCGAAUAGAGGAGUAUGUCAAUGCUAGCCCUCUGCUCAUUGGCUCCGUUCCUAGGGAUUGGAGUCAAUGUAAGCAGAGGUGGGGAAGGGUGAAUGAGCAGGUGUGCAAGUUUGUGGGAAGCCAUGAAGCCGCUUUGAAGGAGCAAGCGAGUGGCCAAAAUGAGAAUGAUGUCAUGAAGGCUGCCCAUGACAUCUUCUUUAAUGACUAUCAUGUCAAGUUCAGUCUUGAACAUUGUUGGAGGGAGCUUAGGUUUGAUCAAAAAUGGAGAUCACACUCAUUGUCGAAAGAUGGUGCAAAGGAGAAAAGGAAGGAACCUGCAGAGGAGGUGCCAAAGAAGCACGUGAAUGAAGCAGCUUUUGAUCAGAUAGAGAGCAUAUUAUCUGUCAAAAAUAACAUAUCCAAACAGAAAAUCCUUAAUCGUCACGGGUUGCUUGUUCUUUAUCUCGGUUUCUUUAGGUAUCAGGUCACGGGUUGCAGGAGGUGGAUGCUUGUAGUAGUAGGUAAUGUCAGUUUGAUUCACAGGAGAGUGUAG